UAAGAAAAAGUAACGUUUUCUUUCCCCGUCCUUUCGAGGAAGGAGGGUGGAACAAACCUCUACACUUUGACUAAACAGUCUUCGUCUUCCUAUCGACAUUUUCUUACUUAUUUCCAGGAAGAAACAAACAGGGAUUGGUUUCAUUAGUUUCCUCGAAGGAGGAUGCAGUUGUAUCUGUUUAUAUGUAGGCCUUGAUCUACUCCUCGAUCUUCCCCAUUCGUUCUCAAAAUAUAUCCAUCGUUUGUGAGUUUUACUUAGCUCUGUGGUACAGCCCCAUCCUUGCAUUUAUGGCUUCUACAUCUUCAUCUCACCAACAAAAUGCUUUCUCUGAAAUUGAACCUCCCAACAAAAGGAGAAAAGUAGAACAAUCUUGCAGAGUGUUUGAUGUUUUCAUCAACCACAGAGGUCCCGAUGUCAAACUCACUCUGGCUACUCAGCUUUACAAUUCCCUUAGGGAUCUUGACAUAAAGGCAUUUCUUGAUUCAGAAGAGAAGGAGCGUGGAGUUUCAUUCAUUUCAACCAUUGAGACUGCGAUUAGAUCUGCUUCUGUGCACGUCGCAAUUUUUUCAAAAAAUUAUGCAGAAUCAGAUUGGUGUCUGCGUGAGCUGGUUCUGAUGUUACAAAGUAAUGCCAAGAUUAUUCCUGUGUUUUACCAAGUGGAGCCAUGGGAACUCCGCCAUAUCGAGAAGGGAGUAUAUGCUAAGGCAUUUGUUCAAUAUGAAGAGAAGGAAAGGCAUCUGGACAGGAUUAAGGAGUGGAAGGAAGCCCUUCAACAAGUUUCAUACACCGCAGGCGACGUAUUUGAAAAUCCAGAUUCUACUGACUGCAAAGACAUAGUAUCCGCUGUGGAAAAAGAAGUACAAAGGAAAAAACUUUUAUAUGUUGCCAAAUAUCCAGUCGGACUUCAUAAGUUCGUAAGAGAUUUUGAAAGGCAGUGCCUUAGUGAGCUUGUUCAAGAUUUUGAAAGCCAGUGUAGAGUGAAGAAAGCAGCAAAAGGGAAAACUAAUUUAGUUGGCAUUUUCGGUAUGGGUGGGGUUGGGAAGACAACUCUCUGCAAAGAGUUGUUCAACCAAAAGAGAUCAAAAUACACAAGGGCAAGUUUUCUGUUUGACGUGCGGGAAGCCUCUGCCAGGGCCGAAGUACCUAAUUUGCAAAGCCAACUCCUCGAAGAUCUCUUCUGUGAAGAUCGCAAAUUUCGAAGUACCGAGGAAGGGACAAGCUAUCUGAGGGAUCGUUUGCAAAGGAACGGAUCUUUCAGUUUCCUAAUUGUUUUCGAUGACGUUGAUCAUGUGGAACAGUUAGAUGCCCUAUUAGUCAAUGAUAUAUUAAAGAAGUCUGAUAAAAAUCUGGUAAUUAUUACAACCAGAAACGUAGGGGUUCUUGUAAAUGCAGGAAUUGACAUUGCUUAUCAUUUAAAAGGAUUGGACAGAGAAGAUGGGAAAGAGCUGUUUUGUUGGCACGCGUUCGACCAACCCCUUCCAGUUAGCGGAUUUGAAGAUCUAGUUCAGGACUUUGUUAACAUUUGUGGAGGCUUACCUCUGUCUCUUUUAGUUCUGGGUCGGCACGUUUUUGGUAGAGAGCAGUGGUAUUGGCAGGAUGAAUUGAAAAAGGUUAAGGAGACUCUUCCCGGAGACAUAAAGCGGAGAUUGAAGAUAAGCAUUGAUACAUUAGAUAAUGCUGAAAAACAGAUUUUCAUGGAUAUAGCUUGCUUUUUUACUGAGCAAUCGAUUAGCAAGGUCGUGGGCAUAUGGAAUGGAUCUGGAUGGAGAGCUCGCCAUGCUUUGAAAACACUAAAAGAUAAAUGUCUGGUUGAGGAAGGUAAAAAGUGGGAAUCUAGCAAAGGCAAGUAUCUUUUGAGAAUGCAUGAUCACCUUCGGGACUUGGGAAGAGAAAUGGCAAAUGAACUGAGCCAUCCUCAUCGCCUGUGGCGUCCUCAAGAUCUGAAAUCUUUGGAAUCAAAGGGAUUCCGAAAGAUCCUGGAACAAACCAAAGGCAGGUGUUUCCACUCCAUUGUAGACAAAUCCACGGGCUGUAAAAUCACAUACUUUUUAGGGGAGCCGGAAGAUGGUUCCGAUACUACUUAUCUUCUAUGGCUUCAGCUUGAGUACCUGAAUCGGGCUAUUAAAUCAAGCAUUUUAUCAUGGAUUCCUCUUCAACACUUGCAGUGUUUAAGAAUCAAGAAUGGGUGUUUUCAAAAGUUGUGGCAGAGCGAUGUGCAGGCACCAUCCCAUUUAAAAGAACUUCAGAUUCAUGGCACCUUUCUGGAAGAGUUUCCAGAUUUGUUAGGAAAGUUAGAUAACAUGCAAAAGUUAGUUUUACAUGCUAAGGCAAUCCGUAUGGAUGUUAGGUUUUUCCUAAAAUCCCUCAGAAUGAAUCUCAGUAGUUUGAAGAUAAUGGAGUCGGCAUUAGUAGGGAAGACUGUUUACAAUGAAACUGCAGAGGGGGCUACUUAUAAUUCCUUACUCAUCUAUGACUUCAAACUACUUUGGGAGGGGGAAGUAGCUUUAAAUAAUGAGGGAACAGUAAUGAGUAACGUUGAAGAUCUAGAGAUUAAGGGCUGUAGACUUGUAACGAAGAUUUUAAUUAAUGGAGAUUUCUGGCAGCGCCUGCAAUCUCUCAAUAUCUCUGAAAUGGAUAAUCUUAUUGAAGUGGAUUUAGCAAGGAUAAAGACAUUGAUUUGCCUUGAGAUCACCGGCUGUAAAAAAAUGAAAACAUUGUCAGCAACGCCUGAUCUUUGCAAGCUUGUAGAAUUAAAGAUUAGCAGUUGUCUGGGGUUUGAGGAGCUAUGUCUUGCUAGAUUGAGCUGCUUGGAGAAAAUUAAGAUUCACUUUUGUGAAAAGCUACAGAGCAUUACACUGCCAACAACACUCUUAGAGGUGCGGAUACAAAGAUGCAGAGAUUUGCAGUGUAUAGAAGGAAUCGCUAAUCUUACAAAGCUUACAUGGUUGAUCAUUGAACAGUGCCCUGCGCUUGAGGAGUUUCCAAGUCUUGCUAGAUUGAGCUGCUUGGAGAAAAUUCAGAUUCGCUUUUGUGAAAAACUACAAAGCAUUAGACUGCCGAAAACACUCUUAGAGGUGUGGAUAGAAAGUUUCAGAGAUUUGCAGUGUAUAGAAGGAAUCACUGAUCUUACAAAGCUUACAUGGUUGAUCAUUGAACAGUGCCGUCCACUUGAGGAGUUGCCAAGUCUUGCCAGAUUGAGCUGCUUGGAGAAAGUUCAGAUUCGCUUUUGUGAAGCGCUACAAAGCAUUAGACUGCCAACAACACUCUUAGAGGUGCGGAUAGAAAAUUGCAGAGAUUUGCACUGCAUAGAAGGAAUCGAUGAUCUUACAAAGCUUACAUGGUUGAUCAUUGAACAAUGCCCUGCGCUCGAGGAGUUGCCAAGUCUUGCUAGAUUGAGCUGCUUGGAGAAAAUUCAGAUUCGCUUUUGUGAAAAGCUACAGAGCAUUGUACUGCCAACAACACUCUUAGAGGUGUGGAUAGAAAGUUGCAGAGAUUUGCAGUGUAUAGCAGGAAUCACUGAUCUUACAAAGCUUACAUGGUUGAUCAUUGAACAAUGCCCUGAGCUUGAGGAGUUGCCAAGUCUUGCUAGAUUGAGCUGCUUGAAGAAAGUUCAGAUUCGCUUUUGUGAAACGCUACAAAGCAUUAGACUGCCAACAACACUCUUAGAGGUGCAGAUUGAAAAUUGCAGAGAUUUGCACUGCAUAGAAGGAAUCGAUGAUCUUACAAAGCUUACAUGGUUGAUCAUUAAACAGUGCCCUGCGCUCGAGGAGUUGCCAAGUCUUGCUAGAUUGAGCUGCUUGGAGAAAAUUCAGAUUCGCUUUUGUGAAAAGCUACAGAGCAUUGUACUGCCAACAACACUCAACACUCUUAGAGGUGUGGAUAGAAAGUUGCAGGGAUUUGCAGAGUAUUUUAGGGAUGGCAGAUGUUACAGAGCUUACGGACCUGAUUAUUGAACAGUGCCCUGCGCUUGAGGAGUUGCCAAGUCUUGCCAGAUUGACCUGCUUGGAGGAAAUUAGGAUUGAUUCUUGUGGGAAGCUACAGAAGCUAGCAGGUAUUGAAGAGUUGCAGGCAUUAAAUUACCUGGGACUGUUUUUUAACAGCAAUGCAUUAAUACGGCAUUGCAUUCAUGAGUUGAAGAGUGGAAUGGUUAUGAUUGGAGGAGCAGGGGAUGGAGCGGAGUCAAGUUUAAACGAAAAUCUGUUCUGUGAAGCUAAUAUAGGCGUUGAUGGAGUUGACUGAAAUCAGUAUUGACGAAACUCACUGCGAGUGGUCAGAAUUGAGUGCAAUUAUUGAAUGCUAUGUGGUUGCCAUGAAGAGCUCUACUUCAGGAAAAUGGAUAAUUACAAUGGUACAAGUUGAUGAUGUGAGACGCCGCUUUCAGGGCCGAAUUGAAGAACUUUUAAGAAGCUAUAGAAUAAUGAAAGGGUAGUGGAAAAAAAAGGGUGUGUUAUGUACGAUUAUUGACAGGCUACAUCAUCUAUGAAUUGAAUGUAUGCAGUUGAUUUUUUUUGUAAGAUAGUUAAUGUUACUUAACGAUUUGUAAAGUUU